AUGGAUUCUGGGGUGUCUUCCCCUGAGAAGCAGGAUAAAGAUAAUUUAGUGGACCUGCCACCUUCUCCUUUUCUAGGCAUCAACAGCAAACGGCUCGGUGUGUGUGGCUGGAUUCUGUUUACACUGUCUUUCCUGUUGUUGAUCAUCACCUUCCCCAUCUCCAUAUGGAUGUGCUUGAAGAUCAUUAAGGAGUAUGAACGUGCUGUCGUGUUCCGGCUGGGACGCAUCCAAGCUGACAAAGCCAAAGGGCCAGGUUUGAUUCUGAUCCUGCCCUGCAUAGAUGUGUUUGUCAAAGUUGAUCUCCGAACAGUUACGUGCAACAUUCCUCCACAAGAGAUCCUCACCAGAGACUCCGUGACGACUCAGGUGGAUGGAGUUGUCUACUACAGAAUCUACAGUGCGGUCUCGGCAGUGGCUAAUGUCAACGAUGUCCACCAGGCCACGUUUCUGCUGGCUCAGACCACUCUGAGAAACGUCUUAGGGACACAGACUUUGUCCCAGAUUUUGUCAGGGCGGGAAGAGAUUGCUCACAGCAUCCAGACCUUGCUCGAUGAUGCCACUGAGCUGUGGGGCAUCCAUGUGGCCCGAGUGGAAAUCAAAGACGUCCGGAUUCCUGUGCAGUUGCAGAGAUCCAUGGCAGCUGAGGCGGAGGCCACCCGGGAAGCCCGAGCCAAGGUCCUUGCAGCUGAGGGAGAGAUGAAUGCUUCCAAGUCUCUGAAGUCGGCCUCGAUGGUGCUGGCCGAGUCCCCCGUAGCCCUCCAGCUGCGCUACCUACAGACCUUAACCACUGUAGCCACCGAGAAGAAUUCCACCAUUGUGUUCCCUCUGCCCAUGAAUAUCCUGGAGGGCAUUGGUGGCAUCAGCUAUGACAACAACAAGAAGGUUCCCAGCAGAGCCUGA